AUGGGCGGGUGGGUGGAUUACUCAAGCAAAGAGGAGAAAAGCUUGGGAUUCAGAUCCUCUGCAUCCCAAGAAUCUCGGUUUCUAGUAACCCUUUCAACUCAGGAAUCUGUCAGAUCCAGUCUUUAUAUAAACAAAUUCCAUAACCUAGGGUUCACUGAUUCCCUCACUCCUCACGUCAACACCCACAUUCCCUCUCUCUGUGUGCGUGAGUUUUUUAUGGCGGCUCUCAGUUGCUUAGCUACUGAUCUAAGCCCACUUCUGGGUGGAGCCGCCAAUGCCACCGCCGCGGCUGAGUUCAUCUGCAACCGAUUCAAUGACGCAUCAGACAAAUUCAUUGACACGGGCUUUGCCGUUGACACCACCUACCUUCUCUUCUCUUCCUACCUCGUCUUUAUCAUGCAGCUUGGCUUCGCAAUGCUAUGUGCCGGUUCAGUCCGCGCCAAGAACACCAUGAACAUCAUGCUUACCAACGUAAUUGACGCCGCCGCUGGCGGCCUCUUCUACUACCUCUUCGGAUUUGCUGUCGCUUUUGGAACCCCAUCAAAUGGGUUCAUUGGAAAACACUUCUUUGGCUUGAAACACAUUCCUUCCUCGGCUUUCGACUACAGUUACUUUCUCUAUCAAUGGUGUUUCGCCAUUGCAGCUGCUGGGAUUACCAGUGGAUCAAUCGCAGAGAGAACACAGUUCAUGGCGUAUUUGGUUUACUCAUCGUUCUUGACUGGUUUUGUGUAUCCAGUUGUGUCUCAUUGGUUUUGGUCCGGUGAUGGGUGGGCCAGUGCUGCAAGAACUGAUAACCUCUUGUUUGGAUCUGGGGUUAUCGAUUUUGCAGGGUCUGGAGUUGUUCAUAUGGUUGGAGGCAUUGCUGGAUUAUGGGGUGCUCUCAUUGAAGGCCCCCGUAUUGGUCGGUUCGAUCUUUCCGGCAAACCGGUGGCUCUCCGUGGCCAUAGUGGGACAUUGGUAGUUUUGGGGACGUUCCUGUUGUGGUUUGGUUGGUAUGGUUUCAAUCCUGGUUCAUUUCUCAACAUCUUGAAAGCUUAUGGAGAGAGUGGUUCAUUUUAUGGCCAAUGGAGCGCAGUUGGAAGGACUGCUGUCACGACGACUCUGGCUGGAUGCACGGCGGCGCUGACCACCCUGUUCGGAAAACGGCUGUUUAUCGGCAAUUGGAAUCUCACAGAUGUUUGCAAUGGAUUGCUCGGUGGGUUUGCGGCGAUCACUUCUGGGUGCUCCGUCGUAGAUCCAUGGGCGGCAAUUGUUUGUGGAUUUGUCGCUGCUUGGGUUCUCAUUGGAUGCAACAAGCUGGCGGAGAGAUUCAAAUACGAUGAUCCAUUGGAGGCGGCACAGCUUCAUGGUGGUUGUGGAGCUUGGGGGAUCAUCUUCACCGCCUUGUUCGCCAACAAAGUGUAUGUCAAUGAGAUUUACCCCGGGAGACCAGGAAGGUCGUAUGGGUUGCUCAUGGGUGGUGGAAAAAACCUCUUGUUGGCACAUGUGGUGCAGAUUCUGGUGAUCGCCACUUGGGUGAGUAUCACUAUGGGGACUUUAUUUUGGGUUCUGCAUAAGCUCAAGCUUCUGAGGAUAUCACAAGAGGAUGAGAUAGCAGGAAUGGACAUGACCAGCCAUGGUGGAUAUGCCUACCAUGGUGAUGAUGAGAGCCAAAGGAAUGGGUUCAUGAUGACCAAGGUGGAGCCGACAGGCACGGCUUCCUCACCCUAUUCACUGGCUGUCUAG